AUGGUUGAACCUCCUUCCUGGCUGACAAAUAAGGGCGUGGAUGAGAUUAAUACAGACGAAAAUGAUAUACUUCAAACAGAAUUAAUGACCAUCCUGAAAGCUGAGGAGACAAAUCAAUCCAUCUUUGCUGUAUCAGCAGAUGUCAAAGAAACAAUGCCACGACUGGAGGACCAUGGAACAGGCAUGGGCAACAGGAACAUUCUGGUAUACCCCUGGCGCUCUCCAGUCCUACGGGCCUCUUCAGAUUAUUCUAUAAGAAUAUCCUCCCCUUGCUAUCUAAGUAUUGUUCUGAGGACAUUGGUAAUAUUAUACCCUUUUACUAAGAAGUAG